GCAACCCCAACCUCUUUCAUUCACUUUCCCAUUAUUCUAAAUUCAUUUUCUUUCCAAUUUGGCUGUUGUUUUUUCCUUUUUUCGCUUGGCGAAUGGCGAGAUUUCCAUUUAGUUGCUGAUUAAAGUGACAAAUCGUUGAAAUAAGCAAUGCAAAAUGAAGUGAGGAUGAGUGCAAGUAUUCUGGUAGCUGAGGCAGUGUGGAAGGACAUUGAGUCCACUCGUUCAGUGUCCAAUGAUCAGCUCUCCAUCUUGCAUUUCUUGUUUGGUAAGAACUUUGAGCGAGCCACUAGGAUAGUAGAUCAAAGAGGUGUCAAGAGGAUUUCUGGUGAGCCUAGCGGGCGGUUCAUCUUUCAGGUUGUCGGAGAAUCACGGAGGAAGGAGGAAUAUUUCUGCUUUGCUGAAUGCUAUUGUGCAUGUUAUUCGUUCUUCUAUGACAUUGUAAAUAGAGGGGAACAACUAUGUUGUAAGCAUCAAUUAGCUGCAAGACUAGCUGCAUCCUUGGGAGCUUGCAUUGAAGUUAAGGUGUCUGAUGAGAAGUUAGCUCUAUUGCUAUCAAAACUCUGAAAUCUUUCAAUUGAAUACUUUGCAUUUGGUGUUGAAGUUUUGCAUGAGCAAAGAACAAGUUGAUGUGUUCACAAUAUAAAAGCCAGGUGCAAUUAAAAAGGUAGUCCAUGAGAAAGUCAAGUUGAAUGUGUUCAUUAACUUGUACCACGUGAUUUUCAUUUUGUGAGGAGCAUUUCUAAAAUAUGAAUCUUAGCAUCCAUAGGCAUUGGAAAUUAGAAUAUAUAUUGCCUUCUAUUGGAAUUUAUAGAGGUUUGCUAUUAGGAUGACUGUUCAGAUGUUAUUGGCAUCUACUUUUGCUUAGAAAUUUUAUCACUGCAACAGCUCACUGAUGGAAUGUGGUAUUGUGAAAUUUGUGUAGUCUGUUGUUUCUUCUAUAAAUAAAGAGGAUACUGUUGUUGAUCAAA